GUUACCCUGAAGAGACUUAUCCAAUUUAUGACCAUUCAGACUGUAUCAAGCAUAGGCAAGAAACAAUCCUGGUGGAUUACCCUGACUCCAAAGAACCCUCUGCUGAAGAAAUAGCUGAAAGAAUGGGAGUGAUAGAAGAUGAGGAAUCAGAUCAUUUGGGCUGGAAAAGUCUGCCCACUGACCCCAUAGCCCAGGAAGAUAAUCCCGUUACCUUGUGUGACCCAAAGCCAGAAACAUGUUCCUGUUGUUUUCAUGAAGAAGAGGAUCCUGCUGUCUUGGCAGAGAAUGCUGGAUUCUGUGCAGAUAGCUACAGCGAGCAAGAAGAAACCACCAAAGAGGAGUGGCCCCAGGAUUUUAGAGAUGAAGGGUUGGGCAUCAGUGCUGAUAAGGCAUAUACAAGUGGCAUGUUGAGGAAGCGUAACCCACAGGGUUUAGAGUGAAAGCAGCCAGUUCGUUGAAGUAUUCAUUCCUCGAGUCCCAAGGUGACCUUUCUUUUCCCUCUCAGAUUUCAUCCGUGGCCCUGUGUCCUGUACUACCUUCUCUGUAUUCAAAUGUCAUAGCUCUCAGGCCUCUACCAUGGAUAUCAUGUAUCCUUCCUUGUGCUCACACACCUGUCACCUUAUAAAACAUAGACAUUAGUGUGAACACAAGACAGCGUCACUCUUCUUGCCUUUCCCACAUCAGAGAAGUUGAUCCAUUGAGUAAUUGUGUUUGGUCUAUUGUAAUUACAGAUGGGAACUCUCAAGGGUAAACUUCAGCUCUUCCUAUUAGGAGUAACAGUUGGUUUACCUGUGGAUGGACAUCAACUCACAGGUGAUGAGGACUUAAGGUUGCAAGUGUGAAGAUUUCAGACUCCAAGAUGCCUUGUUAUUUGGGCCUUGAGCAGGUCAAUGUUCUCCUGGGGAGAAGAGAACAUUUUGUUUGUAGGCGUGAUGGGCCCAGAGCAAGGUAAAGACUGCUGUCUGAGCUGAAGCCUCUUCUUCACAGUGAAGCUCUUUCUAGGAGCACUGAUGCUGUCUCAGACAUCCUCUUUUCUCCAGAGUAGCAGGAGACUCUCACUGGCCUGAGAAUGAGCCGAGGCCUGUUUGGGGACUGUUUUGCUCUGAUAUUGCUUGGAUCUCUAGCUUUCUUUUUAUCCCUGUUCUGCUCAACAAAACUGCCAAACCCAGAAGUACCUUUGCACCCCUGGUCUUCAGUGGCCAGAGGAAGCUUUAGAUAGAGACUUUAGUCCCUGCCCUGCAGAACCAAGGUUUGAGGCUGCAGGAAGGCCUGCCCAAGGGUGGUGGUCCUGCCAUGAGGAGCUCAGGCCAGGGAACCCGCAAUAGGAGAGAGAACUCAUGCACUAUGGACAGUCCUUGCCUAGAAACUGUUUCUGAAUGUUGUGUCCUCUGGGAAAUUUGUUCUUAUAACCACAUGAAUUGAAACAGAAAUGAGGACUAAGCUAAUAUUCAAAGUGCCAGCAAAACAGGGAAGUUGCAAUUGUGUCUGUUGCCAAGAACCAAUAUAGCAGUGCCCAGGGGAAGAGAUGAUAUGAACAUUCAGAUAUUGGGUCUUUUGAGAGAACUGUGGAAAAGUAGGAAGUAGACUAGGAUUGGGAAGAUUUUGAACAAGCUAAAUGCCUGUUCUCCAAAGUUGUUGUCAUGUGUCUUCUUGAGACAAUAUGGCAUCCGUGAAUUCUGUCUAGCAUGAAGGAUGAGUGAAUUCAGCUUUACAUGUAAGACCUGAGAGUUUAAAGAGGACAUGUUCCUUAGGACAUUCCAGUCAUGAAAUGUGGACGACUCAAAAUUUUAGAAAUUAUAUGAAGGUAGAUAUGGCUUUUAGAGUUCCAUUGUGUCUGGCACAAAUAAGUUGCCAGGAAAAUAGUUUAAAUCAUACAUGUAAGCAUAUAGACUGCUGUCAGAAGGUAUGGGAUCAUAUUAAGAUAAUCUGCCAACUACCACUAGGCAUUUGUUAGUUAUUUGAACUACAGAGAAAAGUCACUGAAGAUUGAGUCUAUACAAUGUAUAUUGUAUCUAUCUCUGUGUAGAAUAUUUGACUCACAUUGUAAAGAAUGCAGCUUAAAAUGUAUUGAAGACAAUCUAAAUGCAAUGUAACACUAAAGUUAAAAAGUAAUGUAGGUGCUCUUAACUGUUUUGAUAAAUUGUUUUCCAUGUUAUUUCCUUUACAAAGAGAACCCUGGGUCCCUAGUUCAAAUUCCUUUUUUUGCCUUAGGAUUUGAUUCCUUUAUUAGUGAUAAGAACUUCUGUUUCCUUCUAGCUUGCUCGUUCAUUCAUUCAUUCAUUUAGCAGACAAUUGCUCAGUGCUAGAAACUGGGAAUAGAAAAGGCUCAUCUCAGAAAACUCAAUUUAACAUGGGAGCCUGACAAAUAAAAAUGAACUAUGAACU